AUGUGGAAGUUACUGGCCUCUCACUUCACCGAGAUCUCAGCAAAACGAUUUCCCACAAAUGCAGUGGUGAAUCACUGCUCCAUCUCUCACAGUGGGCACCUCCUAAUAACAGGUUCCAAUGAUGGUAAAGUUUGUGUCUGGGAUAUUGGAAGUGGAAAACGUCAAGUUAAAGUAAAAGGACACAAAGGCCCAGUGAGGGUUUGUGUUUUCUCUGCUGACUCCACUCUCUUCGCCAGUGGGUCCGCCGAUUGUACGGUCAGGGUGUGGGACGCGGUAAAGGCUCACUGUCUGCACGUUCUCAAAGUGCACACUAAGAGUGUGGAGACCAUCUGCUUCAGCAGGGAUUCGACGCUUCUCGCCUCUGGAAGUUACGACAAUAAAGCUGUUCUGUGGGAUCUGCAGCUGGGCCAAGUUGUGAAGAUCUUCUCAAAACAUCGGAACGUUAUUAAAGCCUGUGACUUUUCAAAGAAUGGAGAAUACUUGGCUACCGGAUCCUGGGAUUCUACCGUCAUCGUGUGGAACAUACAAAGUCUGAAACACAAAAGGACUUUGAAAGGUCACACGAGCAACGUGAGCUGCGUGGCGUUUUCUGGCAUUGGGAUGCUGGCUUCAGGUUCCUGGGAUAAGACGGUACGCGUGUGGGAUCCAAGACGUGGGAGCCUUAUCUUUGUCCUGGAUAAGCACACUGGGCCAGUGAUGGCCCUGGCAUUCUCCCUGGAUGCAAUUCUGCUCAUGACGGCAGCUCAGGACAGAAAGAUUCUUAUUUGGGACUGUGAAAAUGGAGCCUGUGAGAGAAUCCUUGAGGGGAAGCUGGACGUUGUCACCAGUUGCCAGUUUUCUCUUUUUGAGACACUUCUGAUCGCAGGGACCUCAACUGAUGAUCUACCAGUGACGAUGCCUACCAGCAGUGUAGAUAGUUAGAAGCCAAC